AUGGAACGAUUUGGGAAGACAACACUAGCCAUCCGAGAUCUGGACCCAGCAGUAGCCAUGCACCAUCUAACCACAGCAUUGCGACCGGGCCCUUUCGGCCACACCACCGAAGAGUGUACUGCCCUUCGGGAUCGCAUCGAAGACCUCGUAAAAACGGGUCACCUACAACGCUUUGUGCACGUCCCAAACAAGGAAAGACAAGCUUAUCAGCCUAACUCAAAGGCACAAAAUCAAGAAAGACAAGAUAGGAGACCUCCUGCACAUUGGCAUAGAGAGCGCAUCAAGUCCCAUGAACGACAUGAUGACCGCCGAGAUAGAAAUCCCCCGAGAAGGGGGAUUAACACUAUCGCUGGUGGAUUUGUAGGAGGAGGGGGAACCUCAUCAGCCCGAAAAAGGCAUUUGAGGGCAAUUCAAUCAGUAAACGCGGUUACUACAACACAUUUAGUCCAUAUCCCUCCUAUCACCUUCACCAACAAGGACUUCAAGGGAAUUGACCCAGUGCAGGACGACCCCAUGGUGAUUAGUGUAGAGGUUGAUAAUUAUUUAGUAAGGAAAACCCUAGUCGAUCAGGGAAGCUCAGUGAACGUCCUAUACUGGAAGACAUUUAAACAACUCGAAAUCCAUCAACAAGAACUAACAUCAUAUCAUAAGCCCCUAGUCGGCUUCUCAGGCGAAAGGGUGGACAUCAGGGGAACCAUCGACCUCUACACAUGCUUUGGAACAAAAAGAGAAGGACGACAGAUAAAAAUACGGUACGUGGUAGUACAUGCCAACACCUCAUACAAUAUCCUACUCGAGCGACCUUUUUUGAACAAGCAGCUGGCUAUUGUGUCAACUCCACACUUGGCCAUGAAGUUCCCAUAUGAAGCAGGAACUAUAAUCACACUCCACGCCGACCAAAAAAUGGCCCGCAAAUGUUACAUUGCCAGCCUGAAAGUUCAAUCACUGCCUAAGUAUUCACACAACGUGAAUGUCAUUGGGACCUCUCAUAAAGGAAGAGUUAACCAAGAUUUGGAGCUUGACCCUCGAUCAGAGAGUGACGACAGGGUUUAA